CAGACUUCCGAUUGGGCGCAGCAGGAUGAGCAGAACACUACAGCCACCAUUGCUGACUCGGAACAGGAAGAAGAAGGGAGGGGCUUGUUUCAUGCGCAUAUAGAAGCUGAGAGAUCGGUUCGAGGGGAAUCAAAUUAUCGAUCUUCAGCAGAAGUGAAAAUGGACCAUGACGAGACAGGCUGCCAAGCUCCGCCAGACCAUCCCAUACUGUGCGUCAACAACUGCGGCUUUUUCGGAAGCGCUGCAACAAUGAACAUGUGCUCGAAGUGCCACAAGGAUAUCCUGCUAAAAGAGGAGCAAUCCAAGCUUGCUGCAUCAUCAGCAGCGAGUAUCAUGAACGGAACAUCAAUCACCACCCUUGGAAAGGAACCUGUUGUUGCUCCUGCUCCUGCCCCGAUCAUCAAUGUACAAGUCAGUUUGCAAGAGCCAACACCCAUCUCGGUGCAGCCAUCUUCUGCUCCAGGUGUGGCAGAGAGCAACGAAGAGAAACCAAAGGAGGUGGGGCCCAACAGAUGCAACACCUGCAACACGCAAUCGCGAAACAACCCGGGGACUAGCAGGCGUCAUCUCCCCAAGCUAUAG